AUGACAUCUAUUACUAUAUCAUCACCAAUUACUGAAAUAGGACAAUUUUGUUUUUAUGACUGUUCGUCAUUAACAUCAAUUAAUAUACCAACAUCUGUUAGUAAAAUAGGAAUUGCUUGUUUUAGAGGAUGUUUAUCAUUAACAUCAAUUAAUAUACCACCAUCAAUUAGUAAAAUAGAAGGGGGUUGUUUUUCAGGAUGUUCAUCAUUAAAAUCAAUUAAUAUUCCAUCAUCAAUUACUAAAUUAGGAAACGGAUGUUUUUAUGGUUGUACAUCACUAACAUCUAUUAAUAUUCCAUCAUCAAUUACAUCAUUUGGAAAAUCAUGUUUUUAUGAAUGUGGAUGUGAAGAAGAAAUAAAGAGGAAUGAAAGAAUACCAAUAGAUUGUUUUAAAUGA